UCAAUCCGUAGAAUGGGUCUACUGUUCCGAAAAGAUUAUUAUUCUAGCUUGUUGCUGUGUUUUCCUCUCCUCUACUGAUCAUUUGCACGUUGGACUAACCAGUGACAGUAGUGGAAGUCGACAGUAACAAACAUGGCAACACUAGUCUCGACUGGAACAUGGCUGACGGAUGCCGAGAAGGCCGAACUGCGUGCCACGGCUGAGGGUAUCGUGGCUACAGGCAAGGGCUUGCUGGCUGCCGAUGAAAGCACGGGCACGAUGGGCAAGCGUUUCGCCAACAUUGGCGUGGAGAACACGGAGGAGAACCGGCGCAAGUAUCGCCAGCUUCUCUUCACCUGCAAUCCGGUCAUGGCCGAGUCGAUCAGCGGUGCUAUCCUGUUCCACGAGACCCUGUACCAGAAGAGCGAUAGCGGUGUGCCGUUCGUCAAGAUGCUCAACGACAUGAAGAUUAUCCCCGGCAUCAAAGUCGACAAGGGAGUCGUCCCGCUGGCUGGCACCAACGGAGAGACGACCACGCAGGGCAUGGACGAUCUAGGCAAGCGAUGCAAGCAGUACUACGAGGACGGGGCCAGGUUUGCCAAGUGGCGCUGUGUGCUGAAGAUCGGUGAGCACACUCCGUCGCCACUGUCCAUCCUGGAGAACGCCAACGUGCUGGCUCGCUACGCCAGCACAUGCCAGCAAAACGGCCUUGUGCCGAUUGUGGAGCCGGAGGUGCUGCCGGACGGUACCCACGACCUGGCGCGCUGCCAAGCAGUUAGCGAGAAGGUGCUGGCAGCGGUGUACAAGGCACUGAGCGACCAUAACGUGUACCUUGAGGGAACACUGCUCAAACCCAACAUGGUCACACCCGGUAUGGACUGUCCGAAACGAUCAGACUACACUCCUGAGGAUAUAGCGCGUGCCACAGUGACCGCGCUGCAACGCACCAUGCCAGCAGCCGUUCCCGGCGUCACCUUCCUCUCUGGUGGACAAUCGGAGGAGGAGGCAUCGCGCAAUCUCAACGCCAUCAACCAAUAUCAAGGAAAGAAGCCCUGGAAGCUAACAUUCAGCUAUGGCCGUGCCUUGCAGGCCAGCACCCUGGCUGCCUGGAAGGGACAGGACGCGCUGGUGGAUGCCGGCCAGGAAGCCUUCCUGAAGCGUGCCUCCAUCAACGGCAAGGCGGCCGCGGGCCAGUACAUCACGGACAGCGCCUCGGCACAGGGCGCUGCUCAGACCAGCCUGCAUGUAGCCAACCACAUGUACUAACAAGGGUGGCGCUGAAGGACGAUUUCAACGGACGACGAUAUAAGAUGGGCAGAACACACCCUGCCGGCUCAGUAGUACAUGUAGUGAUUUCAUACCGCACUCUUGCACUGGUAGCACUGGUGCACCUGCCACUAGUCGUGCCUGCAGGCAUUUGCAUUGCCCCAAUUCCGUGCUGACUUCUGAGCUACAUUUUUUUGCCCAGUGUGCUUCCCAACAAUUUCUGUGUUAGUACGCUUAGCCUUGUCCCUCCGGUACGGGUUGGAACCUGGUGGCCACUACCCUGCUUUUAAGACACCAUGCCUUCUCGCCAUGCUGGUCUCUCUUGUCCUCUGUCACAUGUCCUGAACACCUGAUAGAUAUGAUUUGUAGCUGGCAUUGCUCAAUCUUUUUCUUUCCUACCGGCAUUUGAAAACAGAAGUGAUUUUGCUUUGACACGGUUUGCCAUAUAAUUCCACGGUUUAGAAGACUUG